CAUUCUUGGUAAAAUGCGAAAGGAUCGAUAAAGGAAGUCGAGCAUCGAUCGAAAACAACGGCAAUAUUCGUGAAUUGAAUUAUAAAUGCUGAAUUCGUUUGGAAAGCGUAUUUCAGAAUGAGAUGCCGUAAUUGUGAAGCACAUAAGCUCUACAGAGAGUUUCCACAUAAAGCAUUGACAGGAAAUUGUGACCACGCUCCUCUUCAUUGCUUAAGGUGCACAAAAGAGUCUGUGGAAAAGAACCAGUGUUGUUCAGUGUGCAAAGAACCAGUUGCAACUGACAAUCCAAGGUAUCAAGAAUGCGUUUACAUCCUGAAGAGAAUGUUCCCUGAUGUUGAAACUCCCCAAGCUAUCCCAUGCACUACUAAAGAUGAAACUAUCAAGGUGUCUUUAAUAGAUGGUGAGGAGGUUACAAUAGAGUUUGAUCCAAACAUGACUGUUUUCCAAMUCAAGAAGAAGAUUCAAGAAUUGUUAAAUAUCAAACCAGAACAACAAAGAUUGCUGUAUCAAGAAAAACAACUAGUAGAGAGAUACGAUUGUGCAACUCUCCUUGAAUGCAACGUUCAAUCAUCUUCAACUAUAAACCUUGUUGUUGUGCUUUACAAGAUUCCUGACUCCUUUGACAAAGUCACUUUUGAUUUGUCAUGGGAAUUUCCUACUGUUGACUCGGUCCCUAUGAAAGAGUACUUAGAUGCAUCUAUUCUGUUGUACAGUGGGAAUACUUKUCAAGAAGUGUUGGACUGGAAACACAAACRGAGYRRKAGUCACAAAGCUGUKUUGCAUUCUGGUGAUAAAGAUGACAACACCAAUCUCACKGGYCAUCAAACCAUCRAAGUGAAAAUCAAGAGUUUACCACAACAGAUUGACAAGAUGUUUUUCACUCUAAGCGCAUUCGGGUCUGAAAAGAUUUCCAAGUACCCUAAUCCGCGUCUACUCUUUUUUCAUGCACGAGAUCCAAAUAAUAAGUUGUGUGAUGAUUCACUAACCCGUGCUGUCUCAGACUGUCAAGCCGUUAUCAUGUGUAGCAUGUGUAAAACUAAGGAGGGAAAGUGGCAGGUAUUGAGCUUGAAGCAUAUGUGUGAUGGAAAUGCCMAAAAUUACACUCCAAUCCAGAACACUAUUCAAGAACUGAUAAAAAAUGGGAUAUCGUAAAUGAAAGUAGAUCUUAUUGUACUGUAAACCCAAAGUAACUCUUCUUACAGAAAGCUAGUCAUAAUUUACAUGAAACUGUAUAAUAUAGUUAUAAUUUGAACAUGAUAUGUUUUCAUGCUUAUCGGCAUAUUUCGACGUCGCCGUUUUACGGCUAAAGAUACUACAAAGAAAGUGAUUUCGAGAAAAUCUCUAUAGAAUGAAAAUACGUUUUUCUUCUUCAAUUCACUUAGACGAUAAUUGGCAAUAACGCAUGUGCUCAUCUUAAAACUAUGGGCCGCAUGGGGAUAGUGUUGUGAAAGCUUUGCAAGAACGCUUGUAAUAUGAAAACAAUUUAACAUUUCUGAUUUCGUGGAAAAGGAAUUCGACUUAACAUUCAAACUUCCACAGAUCRGUGCCAACAUAUGAUGUUAAAUCAAUCAUGCGCAAUCAUGGGAUUCCUGUGUCAUUGAGGAAUUUCAAGACGAAUAUCGCUAAAAAAAUCGAAGUGGAUCAAAGUGCGCAUGAUAAUCGGGAACACCUCAGACCCUCAGACCUUGUAGUACAUUCUUGUUUUAAAACGGUUCUAUUGUAUAGACUCGUACCGAGUCUAUUCUGUACGUGAAAUGGAGAACAUUUUGGGAAUUACUAUCCAUUGCCAGUUCUCCACCACAAAAAUGAUCGAGCUUCAGUGGCGGGUCCAGGGGGGAAGGGGGGCAUGGGUUCCUAGGAACCCUCCUCAAGCAUAAAAAAAUAAAAAAUAGAAUAAAUGAUAAAUGAAAUAAAAUGAAAUGAAUUUUUCUUAA